AAUCUGACAUGUAAUUUUAGUUUGUGCAUGGGUUUCAAUCGGUGAAAAUGGAAAAAUGUCAGGAUUUUGCGUUAGAUUCUUUUCUAGAAGAACUAGAAGUGUUCCGAUGGAGACUUUACAUUGCAAAAGAUGAAAGUCCCACCGAGAGAGCGAAUUUAUUUGAAGAGGCUUGUUCAAAACAAAUCUCCGAACUAUUCAUCGAAGAAUGUUUGAUUGCUGGCUGUUCUAUGAGUACGCUCAGCCAUGAGGCAAAAGUGAUGGUGAAAAAAUUAAUGGAUAAAGGAGACAUGUUGCCGUCAAUUCAACGCGACGAUGAUAAAUUUUGGGACUUUAGCCGUCUUCGAAUGUGUCUACUGUAUGGAAAUGAAACGCUAUUUAUAAAUGCUUUGAAAUUGAUCGCACGAAAGAGCCCGGCAAAACUGAAGGAAAUUAUUGCGAUUAGUGGCGAUUUACUCAACAUAGCCGCUGCAAAUCAUUUAACAUUGACAAUUGAAACAUUGGUAUCGUUGGGCGGAAAAGUUGAAUAUGCAGCAUUUUUAUCGGCUUGUAAAACGGGAUCGUGGCAAUCGUUGGAGACAUUGAUGCCACAUUUGGAUUUAGAAGAAAAUAAAAUGCCUUUACUACGGGAGCUAUAUAUUGCGGCACGCAGUGCAGAUGAGAAAAAUCGUGAAAAUUUCGAAAAAUGUUAUGAUUUACUGCUUAAUAACAGCCAUUUUAAUGUAAAUUCAAUGGAUUCGCAUGGUCGUUCAGCCAUGUAUUAUGUUGCUAAUUUACCGAAGAAAAUCGAUCAGUUUCUUGAAAUGGGCACGUAUAUUGGAAUGCAAAAUGGAUCAACAACGCCAAACGUAUCGUUUAUUGCGCCUGCCGCACUUGAAGCUCAUUUUAACAAUUGCGUGAAUUUCGUUCAAAGUGAAGAUAAUAAGAAAGUCACAUACAUUGAAUUCGACUACAAAAAUUUGAUUGCACCGCGAAACCGAAAUGACAAUAUUGUCAUGCCAAAUGAAAUGACGGCCAUUGAAUUUAUAUCCGAAAAUAUCGAUUACAAAUAUUUACUCGUACAUCCUCUCAUCUGGAGUUUCAUUUCACUAAAAUGGCGUCAAUUGGCAUUGAUUCGUAAUAUUGAUUGUGCCCUUUAUGUUCUAUUCGCAUUGUCAAAUUUGUGCUACGUUUUGGCCCUAUACGGAAAGGCUCCACAAGAUAUAACAAACAUAUUCUUUAUCCUAACCGGAAAUUUGACAUUUUACGUAGCAAUACGAAGAAUAGUCCAUUUACUAUUUUGCAACAAUGAGUAUCGCAAACGUUUGAUCAACUAUUUUCAUUGCUAUCAAACAUUUCAGGUGAUUGUUUCUGUGAGUUUGGUUCACUAUCUGCAAGAUAUCAAUCCUGUAAUUCCUGCGAUGUGCGUUUUACUAAUUACAUGCGAGCUUUUCGUAUUGGCCGGUUCAAUAUUUUGGACAUUUUCUCUGUACUACGUCAUGUUUUUGAGCAUUGCAUGGAGCUCAAUGAAGAGUUUAAUGGUGUAUAUUGUACUUUUGCCCUCGUUUAUAAUAUCAUAUUGGUUGAUGAUAAAAAAUAAACCAGCAGACACUGAUGACACAUACAAAUAUCAAUUCUUCGAUUAUAUGCGACAAUCAUUGAUGGACUCCAAUUCGACAGAAAUCGGUGUCAACGAAGAGAAAUUGGACCAUUUUAAGAAAAGUUUCUUUGGUUUAAUGCGCAAGUAUAUUGAAGACGACGAUGAAAGUAGCAAACAUCCAGAUACGUCUAGUGUUGUGUUAUCUCUAAUGCAAGCCAUUAUUGGAUGGCAUCGAGAUGUGGACUCCAAAAUUGCAAGCGUCGAUUGGUCAUUUUUGGGAUUGCUUAUCGUUUUGAUCUCGUUGGUUUCAAUCAUUAAUAUGAAUUUGGUGAACAGUCUUGCUGUUACUGGUACACAAGCCAUUCAAUCCAAAUCGGAACUCACCUGUUUAACGCAACGAGUCCAUCUAUUGGUCCAAUACGAAGAGGCACUGACUAAUCGAAAGCAUUGGUUUUGGCAAACGUUUAAGAACACUCCUCUUAUGCGAUUGUUCUACUUUUUUGCCCAAUUUGAUGUAUUGGAGAAAGUGCGAUACGAUAAUCAUCGGAAAGUGUACACUGGUCCAGGGAAUGAAAUAAUAUAUCGCAUAACGUCACAAACAAAAAGUACCAAACACGGUGACGUCGGCAUUGUAUCGAAGGCAUUGUUUACUUCACAGAAGAAGGGAUCUCAAGUCGGUCUUUACUCAGACGAAAAUGAAGACGCAGCAGAAUCAAAAAGUUGUUGUUCAAAUCUUUGGGGAAAAAUUAUUGGCAUUUUCUUCAAUAAAACUGAUCGAAUGAAUCCGCAAAUUGUUGAAAAUGCUCGUAAUGUCAUCGACAGAAGAAAAGACGACCUAAAGGAAAAGCUUGAUAUAGACACUUGCAUUCAUCGCAUUGAUAAACUAGACUCGGCUAUUGUUAGCAUAGGAAAGAAGCUGGAUGUAAUGAUGAAGUCUAAAAAUCCUGUCGGCGUCAGUGGCAAAUAGUUUAAGUAAGCGUUGAAAUUGUCAUGUCAUAGAAAAACUAAAAAGCUUAAAUCCAGUCUUAAUAAAAAAAAUAUUACUACAAGACGCGUACUGCACUCCUUUAUCAGAAUUUCUCGCUGGUGCUGGUUCUUAUAAGCACUGUUUCACUCAUAUGAAAAUGUUCAUGCCAUUCAUUGAGUUUUGGGUUUUACGAAAUCAAAUUUUUAUUCAAAUUGUCACAUACAUUGUUAAUAAAGUAUAAAUAAAUAUGAAGGCUGACAAACAAGAAGAGUUUGGAAUUUUGAAUAAGAAAUCCAUUCUUGUUUAUCAGUGUCUUGGAAUUUGAAA